AUGAAAGUGUUUUUAAAUUUGGUAACAUGUAUCUUUGAAAUAGCUAUUUUAUUUCAAACUUGGAAUGGAUAUUUAAGUAACUUUUCUAACGAUUUGCCAUCUAAUGGAUAUUAUAUCUUUCCCAGUCAAAUUAGACCUUCUUUGUUAUUUACCAAGGCAGUCUACAGAGAAAGAGGUAAUGAUGGAUCGGAUGAUGAACGACCAAAUAGGAGAUGUUGUAUCUCUCCAGUAAGUUCAAUUGAUACAACUGGGUCUGAUUCAUCUGGUGAUUCAGAAUCUGAAAGUGAGAGACCAAAUAUGGGUGCUUUACGUAAGGCUGUUCUUUCUAAAUUAUCUCAAUCUUACUUAAAUUAUCUUGGAAAUAGUUCACCUGAACGUGGUGGAAAGAGCAAUAAUCAAGAAAGUUGUGAAAGAAACAUGAAUCAACAAGCUAAUCAGGAAAAGAAUACUCGACCAAGCCAUGAAAAUCCAGCUGACUUAUCAGAUUAUUCUGAUUCAUUUGAUUCUGAUUCCGAUUCAUUUGAUUCUGUUUCUUCUGAUGAAAAUAGAAAUUGUUCUCCAGAACACGAAUAUGACACAGUUUAUACUGAGUCUAGUUCUGAUUUUGAUUCAUUUGAUUCUGAUUCUGAUUCUGAUUCAUUUGAUUCUAUUUCUUCUGAUGACAAUAGAAAUUGUUCUCCAGAACACGAAUAUGACACAGUUUAUACUGAGUCUAGUUCUGAUUUUGAUUCAUUUGAUUCUGAUUCUGAUUCCGAUUCAUUUGAUUCUGUUUCUUCUGAUGAAAAUAGAAAUUGUUCUCCAGAACACGAAUAUGACACAGUUUAUACCGAGUCCAGUUCUGAUUCUGAUUCAUUCUCUCGGAAAAGUACUCUUAAAUCACACAAACUCGCGUUUUCUAGUAGCAUGGCAACAUUUGAAAGCAGGCUUAGAGCUUUACGAGCUAACCUGGAAAAAAUUGAAAAUUCUCGUCUUAAUCGGGUUAAAACCUCAGCUUGUUCUGGAGGGAUUUCUGGGUCAAAUUUGAGACUUGGAACUCCUUCUUCUUUAAAGCCACCGUCAUCUUCUGACAUUAAUUUACAACAACCUUGUAAUUUUAUGCUAUAUAAACAACCAUUUAAUUUUCCUGCAAACAAUCAUUCGGUUUCUAAACAAACUGAGAAUUCCGGCCCUAAUAAUUGUAUUGAAACUGGGAUUAAUUGUGAUCAGAGGGAAGUUGAUUCAUCUGAAUCUACCAAAGUUAAGGAAGAAUCAUCACGAUUGAUCAAAGGAAAAGAAGUAUAA